GCGGAAUGUUUACGGUACGGCCGGGUAGUACAGCUACGCCCCUUUCCAUCUCCCACACCGCGCGUCUGCUCCCGGUCAACGUAAACAUCAUCAGCAGCACACACACGCUUCAGUCUCUCGGCAUCUGUCGGCGCGGCGGAAUGUCUACUCGUACACAGGUCCGUGCAGAGAUCUAUUCGGUUUAGCUACUUUUUUUCAGUAGUGGUGUUCACUAUAGGAUUCUUGAUUGACUCUCAGUGGUGUUUUAGUGUUGUGACGUGUCUCCAAAGUAGAAAUUAGGUCUACUUCCGACUCUUCUGAGGGAAACAGGAUAUCUGUGCAGCUAACUAGAGCGAUGAUUAUGAAUACGAGGAAAGCGGGUCGAAGCUGCGGGAGCAAGUGAAGAAUUUCUUAAUUUACUUUCGAAACAGUGUCAAUGAUGGCCUCAUAUUCGAACUGCAGGCUCUGUACGAACAUACUUGGCCCAAGCUCACCGAGGAAUAUUUCGACAAGAGGCCAUGGCCAGAUCCGGAUGAAGUUGCAGCUGUUGUUGGGAAUGACUAUGUAUUUAUGAUCUUAUACAAAGAGCUUUACUUCCGGCACAUCUACGCCCGACUACCGGGCGGGCCCACAUCAGAACAACGCUUCCAGUCCUUCUACAACUAUUGCAAUCUGUUCAACUAUAUCCUGAACGCCGAGGAGCCAGUCCCGAUGGAAUUACCGGACGUGUGGCUGUGGGAACUGAUCGACGAGUUCGUCUACCAGUUCCAGUCGUUCGCUCAGUACAGGGCGAGGCUGCAGAAGAAAACGCCGCAGGAACUGCAGAAUUUGAACGCGAACAACAAAGUGUGGAAUAUACUGUGCGUGCUGAACGUGUUGCAUUCGUUAGUCGAUAAGAGCAACAUCAAGCAGCAGUUGGAGGUUUACGCUAGCGGCGGCGAUCCCGAUUCUGUUGCGGGAGAGUAUGGCAAACAUUCGCUGUACAAGAUGUUCGGAUAUUUUUCGCUGAUCGGGCUACUGAGGCUGCACUCGCUGAUGGGAGACUACUACCAGGCGAUAAAGGUCCUCGAAAACAUCGAAGUGCACAAGAAAUCCCAGUACGCGCACAUCCCCGCCUGUCAGAUUUCCACGUCGUACUACGUCGGUUUCGCGUACAUGAUGAUGCGUCGCUAUUCGGACGCGAUCCGCACGUUCUCCUCGAUCCUGCUGUACGUGCAGCGUACCAAACAGCUGUUCGCCUCGAAGACGUACCAGCACGACCAGAUCAACAAGCAAGCCGAGCAAAUGUACCACCUGCUCGCUAUAUGCCUGGUGCUGCAUCCGCAGUGCAUCGACGAGUCGAUUCAGCAGGCGUUGAGGGAGCAGAUGUUCCACGAAAAGAUGUACAAGAUGCAGUGCGGCGAUUUGAAGGAGUUCGAGAACUGUUUCGUGUUCGCGUGUCCCAAGUUCUUGUCGCCGUACCCGCCGGCUGUGGACUCGCAGCCCAACGAUUAUUCGAAGGACGCGAUAAAACAUCAAACGGCGAUGUUUAUGAGCGAGGUUAGGCAGCAGAAGAUGCUCCCUACGAUAAGGAGUUAUCUGAAGUUGUACACGACGUUGCCUUUGAGCAAACUGGCCAACUUCAUGUCGCAAAACAGUAGAAAAGAGGGCGAGAAUCAGAGGGAUCUGAGCAAAGAGAUCCAGGCGCUGACGAUCCAUCUGCUGUGCUUCAAACACAAAAUGAAAAACAUGGUGUGGUCGAAAGGUGCCUCAGGCUUGGAGGGGAAGUUUCAAAGCGGUUCGGAGCUUGACUUCUAUAUCGACAAUGACAUGAUCCAUAUAGCAGAUACUAAAGUGGCGCAUCGUUAUGGAGACUUUUUCAUUAGGAAAAUAUUGAAGUUUGAAGACUUGAACAGGAAGCUGCAUCAGAUUAAAUUGUAAGACUUUUUUAUGUUUUAUAAUGAAACUGUUAGGAAUAAAAGUAUUAAAUGAC